AUGUCCUCGGCAACUUUCUCGAACAGCUUCAACACCAAGAAGAGAGGGUACAGAUCCGAACCUGGACUAUCUCGUCGACAGCCCAAACAAUCCGACGAUGAUAACUGGGAAGAUUUAGAUAACAAUUCUCGCCGGCAGCCCAAAACUCCAGAGAGGGUAUCAAAUCGAUCAGGUAGAAACUCUCCAUCUGGAUCAACGAUCUCAUCGCCUUCGCGUAGACCUAAGCAUACAUCUGGUACUACCAAGUCCAGGAGUACGCCUAGAAAACCCAUUCCUACUCGCCCUCAACCGUCUAGGCAGACUCGACCCGCGAUACCAUCUCCGACACCAGCAUCUCUGACCGACACCCUCAAUAUCCUCUUACUUCCGUUUCGACUACUACUAGCCCCGCUGCAUAUCCUCCUCAGCCCCUUUCUCGCGCAUCUCGCCAAUGGUGUCUUACUCCUCACGAUAGGUAGUCUGGCAGCAUACUUCAUUCUCCCUUUAUUACCGUCUAUCAUCCUCAAGCUACUGGGCAGAGCUAUUCGAUACCUCUCUAAUGACUUUAUAUCGAGCACUUUGGGAUUUGCUCAAGAUUCCGAUAUCAUCCUAGGAAAAGAACUAUUGCUUUUACCUGCCAAAACACUUGCUACACCCACUUGUCUGUUGACCGGACUGUUCUGCCAGACAUCACUUCUCUCACAUCAUCUUAACGGGACGAAUAUACCUGCAAGACCAUUCUGGGCCAGUUGGGGAUCGGGUGAGGAGCAAGAUGAGGAUCCUGUAGAUAUAGGUACAUACGCCAGGGCUUUAGCCCAGGAGGCGAGAGGAGCGAGAGAUAUAUUUGAUAGUGUUAGGAUGCUAGGUCAGGGAGGUGUAGCUGGAGGACUGAAUUAUGUCAAGAUAUGGGAAUUGGCUGUUACGGUUAACACUGGAUCAACCUUGGAAGGGAAAGAAAUAUUUGCUGAGCAGAUCAAGGAUCUCGGAGAUAUGACUCGUGAUCUGUCAGAUGAGAUUGUUCAUAUCGACUCAAAGACUGUCAAUGCUUUUAGCUGGUUACAGUGGGAGUUCCACGACCUAGUGAACCUCCUCUCUCUUCCCCCACCUACCCGCCCAACAUCUACCGUCCUCUCCCGCAAACUUCAUUCCCUCUUACUCCGCCUCUCUACAGAGCUAGACACAAUUUACGCCCUCACUUCCACAGCAGCACAGCACGCCUCUCAAGCCUCCAUCCACGGUCAAUCGCUUGAUUCCGAGUUGAGCCGUACAGCCACUGGACUGCGAUAUGAGAAAGAUCGAUCUCCAGGGUGGAAACUACUGUAUGACAAAUCGUCUCAUUUCUUCGUAGGUGGUGAACCAUCCAAGGUCGAAUUAGUGGAAAGAGAUCUCAAGAUCACCACCAAGACUAUAGGCGAUAUUAGAAGGUUAAGUAGGAAUCUGGAAGAUACACGGACCAAAGUGAAAAUUUACAGGGAUCAGUUGGGGAUGUUUUCUGCUUCAAUGAUGGGCUUCCAUCUUGGUUCAUCGGAUGAUGUGGGUCUGGGACCGGAGGAGGAAGUAAGAGUUUUGGCCGAGGUUGUAGAUGGGUUGACGAGGGCGGUAGGGAUGGCUAAGACUGAGCAAAGGAAGGGAAGGGUGGAUGUGUUGGAGAUUGAUCAGUAG